AUGGCCCAAAAGCUGGAAGAAAAGGGUGGUAAGAAAGGAGGUGUAUGGGAUGAUGGUGUCCACGACGGUAUUAGAAAAGUAUAUGUAGGUCAAGGCCAAGAUUGUAUAACCUUCGUCAAGUUUGAGUAUGUCGAUGGUUCUGAAGUGGUUGUUGGGAAAGAACAUGGAAAAAAGACGCAGCUUGGAACUGAGGAGUUUGAGAUUGAUGCAGAUGACUACCUCAUAUACGUGGAAGCAUUCCGUGAUAAAGCAACCGAAGAAACCAUCGUGGAUCUUAAGUUCGAGACUUAUAAAGGGAAAACCAAUAAGCACAUCGAGACGAGUCCAGGAGUUAAGUUUGUUCUCCAUGGUGGCAAAAUCGUUGGAUUUCACGGGCGUUCGAGCGAUGUUCUACACUCUCUUGGAGCCUAUGUUACUUUCCCGUCCACUCCUGGAUUGCUGGGAAAGUGGAUCAAGUUUACACACUUGACUUAA